AUAAAAAAUUCAAAAGCUAGAAUGCACAAAAGCAUGAUGAUUGCUGUUAAAAAAGAUUGUUCUCGCAUGGAGCUUUUAAAGCCUCCUUUAACAACAAUAUUAGGAAUCUUAUUCUUUGUUACCAGUGUAACAGCCACGCUUGGAAACAGCCUUGUUUUAAUUGUUGUUAGAAAAAUGAAAAAGAAGCGCCCACUAUCCAAUCUAAUAAUUUCAUCUCUUGCUCUUUCUGAUUUUUUAGUAGGGAUAAUCUUAGGUCCAUUAACUAGCUGGCAACAAAUAGAUUUUCCAAUAUUAAGUAGUUGUAUCAUUGAUCACGUGAGAGCUUACUUUGUUGUCUUAUUGGUUGGUUCUUCAGUAAUGACGUUAGCAGUGAUAUCGUAUGACCGCUAUAUUUUGUUAUCUAAACUAACAAAUUACAAUAAAUACAUAACAGAAAAAAAAAUUUUGUUAUUAAUAUCAUUAUGCUGGAUUUUACCUGCUUUUAUACCAUUUAUUAGACAAAUUAAUGCAAAUAUUUAUUUGGUUAACAUAUUUUUGCUCUUUGUUGCACCUUUGGCAGUGCUUGGCAUUUAUUACUACUUCAUAAUUAAAGCAGUACAUGAAAAAGAGAAAAUAUUGUGGUAUCAGAUUAAAAAUGUCGUUGAAAUAAGUGUAACAAUUUCAUCGCAGACAAUAUCAGAAAAUACAACUGACUUUGCUAGUAAAGAUGACAUAUCUAUUAAACAAAAAACAAACAGUUCAAUUAUAAGAAAAGAGAGGACAAGCAUUGCUCUAGCGAAAUCUGUCACAGUUUUAAUUAUUUGUUACGUAUGCUGUAUUACACCUAUGAAUAUAUGGAUUACAUUAGAUAUGUUGCAAUCAACUCGGAAAGUUUAUGAUUUCGAAAUUGCAUACGCCAUCGCCAUGCUUUGCAUGCAAAUAAACUCAACUAUUAAUCCGAUGAUUUAUUUUUCCAAGAAUCCAGAUUUUAAACGCGGGUUAAAAAAACUUUUCACAAAAAAAAGUGAAUAUAAAAAAUAAAUUAAAAACUGAUCUACUUUUUAAAUG